AUGGGAUUGUGGGGCUGGCCAAUUCGGACGGGGCCAAGCGUCCAGGGGGGCUUGGCUUCACGACCCUGGACGCUCGGUGCACAAUCUGUCAUCCCAGCAGUUUCGAGAACGGGUGCCCAGCUUCUUCAGAAGCGGUCUAUCUCGAGCCAAGACUACUGGGCAGCGGGCCUGGAAGGAGGAGGGAUGAAACGUAAGCUUAUCCUCCAGUCGGAGCUCCGAGAGGCGAUUGCGCGUCUUUCUCAGCAUUGCACAAAGGACGAGAAGCUGGGUCAGAGGCUCUCGGAAGCGGAGUUUGGCGCCCUCUUGGACGGGCUUGCGAGCGAUCCCUGCACCGUCAAAGGGUUUGGCCCUGGCGAAGAGGAAGGGUUGCUGCCGGAGGACGGCAGGAGGCGGAUGCUAAUUGAGCAGCGCACGAUGGUGCGAGACCGGAACAUGGCAGUUCUCGAGCUCCUGAGAGGCAGCCAAGGCGAUUUCGAGAGACGGGGGAUGAACGGGAACCUCUGGGAGUCUUGGGUGGGCGAAUGGACGGAAUUGCUUUACUGCCUUGGCGCACACGAUUCGGACGAAGAUCUGAUUGGAGCGGGCGCGCUCCACGUGGUCCGCAAAUUGCUACCGGGGGGUGAGGCGUCCCUCGAGGAUCGGCGCGAGCUAGCGAGGUCCGCGCCAAUCCUGAGACGGAUCCUGGACGCGUACGGCGGGCUGACCUUCCCAGGGUUCUUUAUGCAAACCCUGCAUCUGCUCUACUUGCUAACCUUGCUUGCACGAGGGUUGACGGGGUUUGCCGGAGAGGGACGGCUAGGCUGGCGGCUGGGUCGGGAUGAGGAGGGCGUUUCGCUGCACCCGCUCCCUAAGGGGCACAGCUUUCGGGCCGAACAGGACGCGCUGGCUUGGUAUGACUUCCCCGGCUGGGAGCAGUAUCGGAGUCUGCCCCAUUUCAGCAAUCUCGAGCACCCUGACGGCCGCAGCAAGAGCUCGGAAGAGUUCAAGUGCACUUCGGGGAAGACCGUCGGCAAGUGGGAUUCCGAGAACGUGCCCGGCCUAAUCAAGGGUAGCGGGAAGGCAACCAAGAAGGGCGCCGUUGCACAGCGUCCGAAUCGGAGCCGCGGCGCAUUCGUUUUUUGUUGUCCACAUAGGGCCAUAUACGGCUAUCAUGUCAUGCUGAGGGGCGAGAGUCCACGAGAUGCGGGGUUCGCAGGCGGAAAGCGAUAA